UAAACGAUACUAAAUAUCUUUGAGAAUAUUUGGAUUUAUGUUGGAAAGGAAAUGUUUAGAUACUUCAACACAUAGAGCUCAUACUUAAUAAUCUCAAAGAUGAGUAACGUUAUCUUAGUAUAAGCACUCUCUGAUAUAAGCUCUCAGCUCUAGGCUUCAGUAAGACUUCCGUUUUAGUGAGGUAAACAUGGCUCCUAUGAUAGCUGUCAUUUCCUUCUUUGCUGUCGCUUUUGCAACUUCUAAUAUUGAUUCAACGAACAGUUAUUAUGCAUCUGCAAGAGUUGAGAGUUGCAGUGGUUGUCGUCUAAGCCGGCUCCCAGAUGUUAAAAAAUUUAUCUUUGAAGAUUUACCUAACUAUAAUAACGUUGAAUUUAAACAUAUUCCAGGUGCAGUUCCAGAACUGCUUCUCUUCAAUGAUAAUGAAGAGGAAAUAGAGAGAUUACCUUUGUCAAGUUUGACACGGGAAGAAUGCAAUAAUCUCUUAAUUUCUAAAGGCUUUACAAAAAAGACAUCAAAGGAUGAGAUAUAAAAAUAAAUGAAGUGUGUAUAAAUAAAUAUCUGUAAAUUUAAAAAAUCAUUUUACAAUAUCUGUUACAAAAUGAUUUAUUCUGAUAAUCAUGUCUUUGCUAUGAAUAUAAUCAUGACCAUUUUGUUGAUUGUAGUAUGUUUUUAUGUUUAUUUAUAAAUAGAAACAGGUACUUACUACCUUUCUAAAUUAAAUUGAAUUUUAAUAAAUACUAAUUACCGUAAAGAGAUAGUAGAUAUAAUUCAGGUCCAAAGUUGGUGUAUGUAAAGUAUUAAAAAGGAAGCAUUAUAUAUAUGUACAUGUAUAUAUAUGUACAUUAUAUAUAUAUUGCCCUGCAUUAAAUAGUUCAUAGUUGAAAAAUAAUUAGAGCACAAAAUAGUAAACAAUAUACGGACCUUUUGAUGCACAAGUUACUGUCUUUGAGUACCUCAUUUUCACAUAGAUGAGGGAGUAUUAUAUUAUCUCCCUGUGGAGCUGCAAUCUGUGAUAUAACUACUAGAUCCAUAAUGUGACAAAAUUGAUCAUUAUGGAACGCUUGGACUUCUUUACUCAAAAGUUUUAGUUGUCAGGCUUGGACAAAUAAAAAUAUUUUAUGAACAAAAUUAAUAAACUUUUAAUAAAUAAAGAUGGAUAUAACUAAUGUACUUUAGUGCAUUAAAAGAAACUAGAAUUUAAUGACGAUUUCGAAUUAAUUAUUUAUUUCACUACAAAUAAAAAUAAUUUUAUUUGUGAUGGCUCCUGAUACAACUGAAACUUCUGUAGUAGGGUAUCCUGUGCAUAUUUAUUUUAGUCAUAUUUUGCACAAUAUUAUUUCUUUUUUACUGCAACAUUGAGUUAUUUAUGUAAGACACAGAAGAUAAACAAAAAGGUGGAGAUAAAAAAAUUUGCAUAAAAUCAAAGACAAAGAUAUAAUAUUAUAACAAAAUUACCUAACAUACAUUCAAUAACUUAUAUAGAAUAAUUUAAGAUUUUAAUUUGUGUCAUGUAUCUACCUAUGUUCGAGAUAUUACAACGCACUGCAAUUAAAUUGUUUGUGUUACUAAAUAUGUAUACUUACUAUUAUCUCUAAUAAAACCUAUAGCUACAGAA